AUGCUGCCCCGGGAGCUCCUGCCCGAGGAGAGGACACGAGGUGUCACCUCAGUGCUGCUGGUCGGAAGAGGAAGCGUGGUGGAGGACGUGUGUCGUUCUGCUAACCACACAGGAAUGCCCAGGUCCUUGCGUACCAAGCAGCAGCCCGAACCGGAGCCCGAGCCGGAGCGGGAAGCGGAGCGAGAAGCGGAGCGAGAAGCGGAGGAGGAAGCGCCCCCGGCCGCGGCGCCGGCCGAGCCCCGGCGCCAGGAGGAUGCGCGCGGCAAGGAGGAAGAUCCAGGCUCGGAAACCGAGAAGCUGGUGGUGAAGGAGCAGGAGGAUGAGGAUGCUGCAGAUGAGACGUUCUCCUUCAAGUACAGUCCUGGAAAGCUGAGGGGAAACCAGUACAAGUCAAUGAUGACCAAAGAAGAACUCGAGGAAGAACAAAGGGUUCAGAGAGAGCAGCUGGCUGCCAUCUUCAGGCUCAUGGAGGAAAAAAGUGACACAUUCGGAGAGAUGUCUGAAGGAGACAUGAAGGAACAGCUUAGACUGUAUGAUAUAUAACCUUGCAGCCAGUGCUGACUAUGUCCAGAGGUCAUCCUGCCCGUUUUGCAGGACAGUGUAGUGUUAUAAAUGUAUUUCAUUAGUUAUUUUGCUAUUCCAGGGGGUUCUGCAGAUGCAUACAGGUCCUUGAUAUAUGUUUCUAAAGACUCAUAAUAUCUCUCCCUUUUUAUCAGUUUUCYUCGAAGAGUUACUUUCAUCUCAUGAAGAGAUUUUUACCUCAUUCUGGCUGGGUCAUAUGUCUCAGUCAUAAAAAGUUGCUUUUUUUUUUUUUUCUCUCUCGACAGGCUUUAUAAAAAAUAAACUUUCUAACCUUAGUCAUUCAUCAAUUUGAUAUCUGAAGAAAGCCAAAGACUGAUAAAAUAGCAGAUAUAAAAUGGAUGAAAUAAUAGAGUCACAGAGUAGUUGAGGUCAGAAGRGACCUAAGAAGGUCUGCAGCCAACCUCCUGCUCAAGCAGGGUCAGCUGUGAGAUCAGACCAAGUGACUCAGGGCUUUAUCCCAUCAGGUCUUCAAAUCUUCCAGGAUGGAGACUGCUCAACCCUCUGGGCAGAGAAGCUGCCAAUCCUUCCGUGAGAAAAUGAAUAGCUGAAGCCAAUGCAUUAGUGCUCAGGUUAGAGGUGAGCUGCAAUUCUCAUCGCCCUGAAAGGGAUUCUUCAUCCUCCUUCAAACUGGCUUUUUGAAACAAACCCAAGAUGGUUCCAGCUGACCCCACUGAGCUCAUCUUCAUGCCUGAGGAAAGAGCAGGUAACUACAGCCUGGAAACAGAAGCAUCGCUUUGCCCUUCGACACUGGUGAAAAAACCACGAGAGGAACAUGGUUGACCUGUUUACAAGGAUGAUUAUGUCCAACUCGGCGCCUGUUCUCCUAAUACAACAUUUCUGUAGUAAAUUAUGUACUUGAGAAAGCUCUGUGAAUUUACCAAGUAUUUUGAA